AUGGAUCCAGACGCCGAUUUUUCACUAGACGAGACACGUACUGGACCACACGAGAAUGUCCCUCUUGAAUCAACAGAGGUGGAUCUUAUUGGAGCAGAAGUGCUACGAGGCUCGUCCCACGACGACGUGGCUUCUGUCAAUCGUGGCCGCUCAUCCCAAAAGCGACGGGCAUCUGGCACGGCAGUCGAACCGAUUCUCAAGCGCCACAAAGGACUCUUCAACAACGCUUAUCUCGAUCUUCUGAAUGCAGACAUUGCAGAUGCCGUGAACCAAAUCGAAGGCGGCACGGAAGAGGAGCUGCCACCUUCCCAGAUCGGCAUGACAUUUUGGACUCCUUUCGAGAAGAAGCUGUUCUUUGAGGCGCUCGCCAGGCUCGGAAAAGAUGACCUCCAAGGGAUUGCGCAGAGGAUACCAACGAAAAGCGAGAUCGAGGUUCACCAGUACAUCGCCUUGCUCCAGGACGUGGUAGAGAGGAGAGAGCGAGAACAGGAUCACCGCCUGGAAUACCUUGCGGAACUGGCGGACUACCCGGCAGCGGUCGAAAUCAGUCAACCAUGCUGUCACGCCCUUGACGAGGCAGCCGAUGCUUUGUCAUUUAGGCAAGAAAGGCACGAAGAGCUCGCCGAACAGAAGAAAUGGGGCGAGUGCUGGAACAUUACCCCAGAGCUUGCGAGGCGCAUUGAAGGGGGCCACGGACUCAAGAAAGACCCGGAUUUCGCAAAUCACCAUGGCCUUGAGUUCACGGAAGUUCUUCGCGUCAAGGAAUUCCUUCGGCUUCCGGAGGAGAUCUUCAUGAACGCUCCCCACGCCGAAAAUAAUUGGCAGUUCGUUAGCGAAGAGCCGCCAAGUAUCAGAGCUACCGCACUACAGGAUUUCCAUUCACUUCUCGUGUCAAUCACCAAAAAAAUUGUCCUGACCACGCUCUUUAUGGCUGAGUCUCGGAUCAGGGCGAAGAGGAAGGUGGAUCCCACAGUGAGGGGUCUCGUCCGGCGGAAGGAUGUUGACGCGGCGGUGGCCUCGCUGGGCAUGAAGCCGAACAGCAAUGAGUUCUGGGUUCUUUGCGCGCGUAGGCUACGCCUGGAAGUCGUGAACGAUGAGGUUGACGUUCAGGAUGAAGGGGAUGUUACGGAAUCACUCGACGAAGAGGAGCAGCCAAUGUCCUACGAUGAGGUGGAACACACUCUGCGCCAGGAGUCAGGAUCUUCUGACCCGUCAGAUGCGGGCAGCAGGUCUGUGACGCCAGGAUUCAAGCUUGAAACUGGCGAGUCUUCUGAGUCCUCUGAGUCCGAUAACUCGGCGUCUGAGAACUCGGACAGCGAGUCUUCUGUUAUGAUGGACGAUGCUGAGUUUGAAGUCAACGAAGAAGCCAAAGAGGUACUCAAAUAUUCCGCGUACGAUUUCCCAGAAACGCACCGCACAAGAGAGGCCCUGAAGCAUAGGAUCAGAAACGAGCGGGAACAGGAGGCUUCCGCCGAGGCCAGGGAUGCAAAAGCAUCUUACGAAGCCGAGGCAGAGAUGUGGAGGCUUUUGCAACGGCAACCCCCGGAACCGCUGGUGAAGCCGACCCUAGCUGAGCGCGGUCGGAGGGGCAUGAAGGACGUGGAAGAUAUUUACGACGUUGGUCGACAAUGGAGGGAGAGGUUAACGUUUCACAGCGAGUGGGAAAUGCUGGGGACGGCCAACUUGCCAGCGAAGCAGCCUUGA